CGGAGAGCAGGAUCGCGGCUGUCGUACCGAGUCUACGGUCGUUCUGGGGCGCGCCACUGGGAAACGGGGACGGGGCUCGGCUCUCCGAAACCUCCACGCGUGAAGGUGGAGAACUGCGCCGCAUUUGAUGGGCUUCGACUAGGAGGUCGCCAAAUAUUCCCAAACGUCUACAUCAAACUUCAGCCGUCGUCGACGGGACCGAAAGAGGAUCGCGACUUGCAAUAGAAAGCAUGGAAUAGACAGAUAUAAAAAGGCGUACUGACGCAAAUUUGUGUUUGGUGUUUUCGAAAACGUAGAAGAAAGCAGUGUUGUCUCUUAAAAAUCUUAGGCAAGCUCCAGUGGACUGAAAAGCACCGCAAGAUGUCUGUUCCGGUGUUCUGUAAAAUGUUCCACUGCCUGCAGGGGGCGCCGGCUGAGAACGUGCUGGCCAAGGCCCUGUACGACAACGUGGCCGAGUCUCCAGACGAGCUCUCCUUCCGGAAGGGUGACAUCAUGACGGUGUUGGAGAGGGACACGCAGGGCCUGGACGGCUGGUGGCUCUGCUCGCUGCAUGGCCGGCAAGGCAUUGUCCCGGGCAACCGGCUCAAGAUCCUGGUGGGCAUGUAUGACAAGCAGCAGCAGCCUUCCACACCCAGCCCUGCCCAGAGCCACCUAAGCCUGCCAGCCAACGCCUACACCAAGCCCUCGCCGGCUGCUCAGUACACCGCCAUGCACCCGGCCGCGCCUUGCACCAGCCUGCCCGGCCUGUACCAGGUGCCCGCCGGCUCCCAGGGGUCCCAGCCCAAGGCCCCCGCUCUCACACAGAAACAAGGCCCAGGCAAGUAUCAUGCAGGUGGGCAGGACAUCUAUCAGGUGCCCCCCUCCAUGGGGGGUCCCGGCCAGGAGGUCUACCAGGUGCCGCACACAGCAGGAGGGCAGGACGUGUACCAGGUGCCCCCCUCUAUGAACCAGAAGCCAGACAUCUACCAGAUCCCUCCGUCCUUGGACAAGAGGAGCUGGGACUCCUCCAAGACCUUGGGGAAGGUGGUGGUGCCCACUCGGGUUGGCCAGAUGUACGUGUAUGACACACCCAAGAUGGAUCAGGAUGAGUAUGACGUUCCCCGCCAUCUGCCUCCCUCCCAGGAGAUCUACGAUGUCCCGCCCACCCGCGCCCAAUACAAUCAGCAGGUGUAUGAUACUCCUCCCAUGGCAAUGAAAGGCCCAAUCAGCAGAGAUGCACAGGAAGUCUAUGACACACCCCCAAGCAUCGACAAAAACCAGCUGCUUUCCCAGCAAAUGGUGUAUGAUUUCCCUCCAUCGGUGAGCAAGGACGUUCCUGAUGGUCCCAUUAGGGAGGAGACGUACGAUAUCCCCCCUCACUUUGCCAAACUGAAGAGUCUCGACUGUCAAAUCGCUGCCAGUUCAGAACCACCAAUCCCCGAAGACGUGUAUGACGUGCCGCCUCCCCCUCUCACUGGGAAGCUCCAGCAGGAGAUCUACGACAUUCCCACCAGUCUGCGCAAGGGUGGCCUGCCCGAGCAGCAUGCUACCGAUGUCUACGAUAUCCCCCGUGAGCGCGGGCCGCCGGGCGAGGAGUCGGGCGACUACAUCUACGACGUGCCCCCGCAAGUGGUGCGCGACGCGGCGGGCUCCGAGGAGCUAACGGUCAGCUUCAAGCGCCUGUCGGCCUCCAGCACGGGGAGCACGCGCAGCAACCUGUCCACGUCCUCGCUGGAUAUGGUACCGGUGCGCGAGAGCGCCGGGCCGGCCCGGCUGCUUCCGCUGGACCUGGACCAGGCCAUGGAGCGCCUGUCCCGCCUGCAGCAGGGCGUGGAGAGCUCCGCCUCCCUGCUCAUGUCCUUCAUCAGCGGCAACUGGCGCAGCGCCACGCAGAUGGAGUCCAACCUGCCCGCCAUCCGGCAGGCGUCCGAGCGCUUGCGUGCCUCCGUCAGGGACCUUCUGGAGUUUGCCCGUGGGGCUGUGGCCAAUGCCGCCCAAGCCACGGACCGCACGUUGCAGGCCAAGCUCAGCAAGCAGGUGCAGAAGAUGGAGGAGGCCUUCCAGAGCCUGGUAAAGCAUAGCCAGGCGCUGGACGCCCUGGGGUGGGCCCCUGCCGCCCUCAUGGUGCCCCCUGCGGGCGGAGGAGGGGACGACUUGGACCGGCUGGUCAUGUGCGCCCGGGGCGUGCCCGACGACACCAAGCAGCUGGCGUCUUUUCUCCAUGGCAACGCUUCGUUGCUCUUCAAAAGGACAAACAAGCAGCAGCAGCUGCCGCUGCCUCCCGUGCCGCACAUCAGUGACCCGAUGGGUCAGUUGACCAACAACAACAACGGCUCGGCCUAUCAGACGGCUACACCUGAGAGGGCCAACAUCCAGUCCCGCCCACUGCCCUCGCCGCCCAAGUUCACGGCCGAGGAGGAGACUCCCGACCGGCCGUACGAGGUCACAGGGGAGGGCUGGAUGGAGGACUAUGACUAUGUGCACUUACAGGGUAAGGAGGAGUUCGAGAAGAACCAGAGACAGCUUCUUGAGAAGGGGAACAUCACCAGACAAAAUAAGACUCAGCUGGAGCAACAGCAGCUCAAACAGUUCGAGAGGUUGGAACAGGAAGUGACCCGCCCGAUCAACAAUGACAUCUCUGGCUGGACUCCGCCCACACACUAUCCGCCACCGUCGCGCAGCAAGCUAUGCGUGGGCGACCGGCAGCUGUUACUCUUCUAUUCGGAGCAGUGUGAGGCCAACAUCACCACGCUAACCAAUGCCAUCGAUGCCUUCUUCUCCUCCAUCAACAACAACCAGCCUCCCAAGAUCUUCGUCGCCCACAGCAAGUUCGUCAUCCUCAGCGCCCACAAGCUGGUCUUCAUCGGAGACACGCUCUCGCGGCAGGCCAAGUGUCCCGAGGUGCGCAGCCGAGUGGCCCAGCACAGCAACGUCCUCUGCGACAAGCUCAAAGACAUUGUGGUGAGCACCAAGACUGCAGCCCUGCAAUACCCCUCGCCGGGGGCAGCCCGGGACAUGACCGAGCGGGUACGGGAGCUGGCAGGCUGCACUCAGCAGUUCCGCAUGGCCCUCAAUCAGAUGCUGACCAUGUGAAGGGCACAGACACUGGGGCCAAACGCACACGGGGACAUCAGUGUAUAUUCUUAUCCAUUCAUUUUUUGUGCUUUUUAUUCCCAAAAAGGACUGAACACUAUGACUGGGCAGAGCCAUUGGUUGUAAAUUAAUUGUUGUAAAUAUUUAAGUUUCUGUAUGCAGGGGAAUGGGGGAAUGUAGUGGGAAUUGUAUGUCUUUUUUAACAAUGGAGGAGAUAAAACAAUAGAAAAGUAGUUUUUAGAUAUUAUCCAUUAUUAGUAUUAUUAUUAUUAUUAUUACUAUAAUGUAAUUAUUGCGCCAAUUUCAUUAUCAUUAUUAUUAUGAAAUGUUGAUUAAGGAUGUCUAAAAUUUCAAAAGUGUAUGUAGAAGUACUUAUGCUGUUUUUCAUCAAAGACCAAUAAUGAGGGUUUGUAAUGGAUAUGUGUGUUAGCAUGGUAAUGACAGCAGACAAGGAUAUGCAGUGCUCCAUGCUCCUAGCUGAGCGGGCUGGUUCAGGGUAGGUGCAAAGCAUGCCCGUGAUCUGAUUGGCUGACUGUAGACUGUUCGUAUGUCCAAUCAUUGACAUGAAUGAAAUUCAAAUAUUAAUUAAAAUGUUAUUUGCAAAAUAAAGUAAAUCAGUUAAACACAAGUGCAUAUUCCACUAUGUAUAAAUUUAAACAGCGGAUUAAAAAGCAAGCAGGAAGAUUUGGAAGGAGAGCUACAUAGAUAAAGAAGAUACUCGCAGAAAAAGAAGACUGAUGAGUGUUAAAACUUCAGCCCAGAAUGCAUGCUCACUUUUGCACCCCUCCCCCUUGUGUGCUACAAUAUGCCAGAAAGGCUUGUUUUGUGACUUACUGUUCACUGUGCAGGAUCUUUGUUCAAGGUUCAGUUUUAGUUCCUGCCAGAGCUGUUCUUCACUGCAGUACCAUACCCUGCUGGACAGGGUCAGCGUCACCAAAGGGUUCUGUGUUUGGUAACAGUCACUGAUAAGAGACUAUGCUUCUGUUAGACACGAUUAUGUCUGUUGCCAACGAGAACCCAUCUGUUCCUUCGAGAAAGACCCGUUCUACGUCGCUAUACAAAAUCAUGCUUAAACAUUGAUCGAAAAACACGUUUGGUGUAUUAAACUGGUAAAGUUAAUUGAAACCCCCAAAGACCAGCUGAAAGGAACUCUUUCUCACUACACUGCAAUGUGAGAACAGCUUGAUUGGAGGCACUCAGCUGUUUCAGGUGGAAAGUGCUGGGAAGGAAUCCAAUCAUCUGCCUCAUUCUUGCCUUCUGUUGGUUGUAUUCUAAAUAGAAUAUGUCAGCAAAAGUAGUUCAGUGAAACUUUAUUAUACUUUUAAGUACUACAACAUGUUGUUGUGCAUUUAGUCAAAAUCCCUAUCCAGUUUGAAAAAAAAGUACAUUGAAAAGAAUUAGUGACUUGGUGUUUGUUGUAAUGUUAUUCUGUUCUCCGAUCUGUGUUUAGGGGUUUGAAAUACAUUGAGAUAAAAUGUUAAGAACAUUCUGUAAAUUGCAUAACUGGAAAAUAUAUGUUUAAUAUAUUUUCAUUAAAAAAAAUAAAUAAAUCAAGGCA